AUGGGUCAUAGAAAGGGAGCAUAUGAUGAGGUUGCUGAUUACAUCAUGAAUAUGAUAACAAGCUUGGUGUUAAACAGAAGGUACAAUAUUUCACAAGUGAUUUUUGAGUACAUGAAGGAGAAUUGCGAAGCUGGAGCAGAUAAGUACAUCAUGUAUCCUAGAUUCAUCAUGAUGAUGCUAAAUGACAAAAUCAAAGAUCUUCCGAAGGAUUGUGAGGAUGUAAUGGAGAUGAGUGUUGUAAAUAAAGUCACAAUUGGAAGAAUUACAAAAGAUAAGGAUGAGAAAACCAAGCAGAUGAUUUGCAGAAUAAAAGAUAAAGCAUAUGUUGCUCCUGAAAACGAUAAAUGGAGGCAUGACGACAGUAACUCAGACAAUGAAGAUUCAAAGAUGAAUGAGAUGGUAGAGAAAAAGACUAGGUGGUGGCAUAUUAGAGAUGGAAAAAGGAAAAGAACACCUAAGUCAUCCCCUGCAGUUGUUAUUCCUAAAGAAGGAGAAAAGGUUGUAGAGCCAUCUGUGCUGAUUGAACAAGGUGCUGAUUUAUUAAAGCAAUCUUUGGAAAGCUAUUUGAAAAAGAAUGAAGAAAUUGCAGCACAACAAGCUCAAGGAACAAGUACUCAUGCUGAAAAGGCUACAAGGGUUGAACCAGAAACAGAAGAUCUAAGGAGUUCAAGUGAUGGAGAUUCUGAAGCUACUCAAUCUGAAUCUGAAUUGAUUUCUGAAACUCUUGGUAGAGGAAAAGCUCAGUUGAAGAAAAGACCUUCAAAGAAACAAAAGGGAUCAGAUGAAGAAGAUUCUCCUUAUGAUCCUGAAAAGUCAAAGAAACAAAGAAAGAAACGAAAGGCAGCUCCAGUUGGUAUAAUUCCCAGAAAUGUCAGAUCAAAGAAAUCAGGAGCUGAGUCAGAAAAAGAUAAAGAAGGAAAGGCAGCUCAACAUGUUCAGAAAGAAAAAUCACCAAGUGUUGAUGUUCCAAAAGAACCGGAGGCGAAAGCAAAAGAAGUUCCAGUUGCAGGAACAGAAGAGAAGACAGGUGAUGAUGAAUAUGUAGAGAUCACUGGAUUCAGAGCUGCUAGUCCAAAACCUGCUCAACAAGAUAUUCCUCAAUCAUCACAUCAGAAAGUAGAAGAUUUUAACUUUGAUUUUGAUAAUAUUGGUCCGGUUACUGUUAUUUUCUCAGAAGAUCUUCCAGGAGAAAGUGAUAUGUUCAAUGAUCAGGCGGUUAAAGAACUGAUUAAGAAAGUUAAAGAACUGGAGAAAGAGAAAGCAAAAGCUGAGGAAGAACGUAAUAUGUUGAGAAGUCAAAUUGAUGAUUUGAUGGAAGCUCACAAUAAAAUAGUUGCAGCAUUGGUUGAAAAGGAGAAAAGAAUGAAUCAAAUGAAGGAUGAGGCCGAGGGUAAUUCUAAAGUGUUUGAUUCAUUAACACAUGAGAUAUCUUCUUUGAAUGCCAGGAUAAAAGAUCUGGAGAAUGUGAACCAAACAUUAAAUCAGCUUCUCAAUGAGAUGAGUGAAGCUUCUUCUAAUGAAAUGAAGGCAAUGAAGUUAGAGAUGGAAGCUAUGAAAGCUGAAAAAGUGAUGAAAGAUCAACAACUUCAGAUGCUAGUUGCUGUAGUUGAAAGCCAUCUAAAGAUGAACAUUCAUGCUGCUUUUGACGAAAUUGAUGUGAUAAGAGCAAAUGAAAGGAGAUUGGAACGUGAACGUCAAAUGGCUGAAGAAGCAAACCUAAAGAACAAAGGAAUAGUUGAAGAGGUUGAGAUAGUUGAUGCAUCUUCAAGUCAACCAGAUGCUGGUGGUUCUUCUUCACAGCCUGAUGUUGAAAUGAUUGAAGUUAUAGAACCAGUUGAAGAUGAACAAGUGAUGGUUGAUGCUGAAGAGCCUCAUAAACCUGAAUUCGUAAUUGUCGGUGAGUCUUCUGAGCCAGUAAUUGUUGAAAAUAUUCUUCGAAGAGUUGAAAUUAUUCAAAGAAGAAGAACAACAAGGGAAGUACUAUUGCUGGAGUAUACAACUGACAAAUUUGUGUUAGUUGGCAAGGCUUACCCUGUUCCAUACAAUUCAAAAGAAGUGGCAAAGUUGUUAAAGUUUCUUGAUCGAAAAAGAAAGGGAAGAAUAGCUCGUGGUGAGAUUGUGGAUGAAGAUUCUGAUAAAGAGUUGUUCGGAGAUGAUGAAGAGGAGGAUGAAGAAGAGGAAAAGGAAGAUGAAGAUAAAUCUGAUGACAAAGAUAAUGACAAAUCUGAUAAAGAUGACAAAGACGAUGACGACAAUGAUCAAGGUGCUUCGGGUUUAUUAAUCAGAGAUCAAAAUGUUCAAGAAAGAGUGGAUGAGUUGAUGAAUAAUGAAAUAAAUGAGCAAGAGGAUGAAGAUGAAUAUGAAGCAUCAUCAUCUGGAAAGCAACCUGUUGAUCAGGUACUUCUUUCUAACCCUACUGUCAUUUACUUAUCUAGUAAACAACAAGGAGAGGUAGAGGUUAGAAGAACAUGGGCUGAAAUGCUAGAGGAAUUGGGGUUGGAAGAUGGAAAAUUUAAAUUCGACAUUGAAGAUGAAAUUCCUCAUUCACCUGCAAAAGAUUUUGAGCCUAGAUACCCUCAUGAAGCUGAUCAUUAUGAUGAAAUGAUUGUUGAAAGCGCGUCUGAUUCAGAAGAAGAUAGGGUAGAUUUUCAUUAUGAAGGGGAAGAUGUUGCAUUCCCUACUUUUACUGAAAUGUUUCAAGAUAAGAAUGAAGAUGUGCUAAGAAGAAAGAUUGAAGAAAGAAUUUCUACAGCAGAUAUUCCUGAAUCGGUUCCUAGAGAGAUUACAGCAGAAGAAAGAAAAAGAUGGUUCAAGAAUAUACCAAAAGAAACAAAGACUCUCAGGGCUCUUCAAUACUUCACUCAUAACAAAGAUCUUUCUUGGGAGAUAUUCUAUCUUGGGGAUAUUUGGAAGAUUUGA